AUGGGACGUCGUAAGUGCAUUCUUUGUGGAGUUAGCAGUGAAAAAACUGAGGCAAGUUUGCCUGAACAAGAUCAUCGUAAUGAAGAAAAAGAGCUAGUCUCGGAUAUGCUCAAGUUGGUCAAAAUUAACUCUGCACCACCUGGUAUUAAACACUUUAGGAUUGGCAAAACCUCAACCACCAACAGACCUCGUCUAAUAGUGAACUGCGAAUCAAAGGAAGAGUUGUUGUUAGAUCUUAGGAAUAAGCUAGCCUCAGAAUUAGCAAAGAAUGAAGAUAUGCAUGAUCUCACUGCAAAGUUGAAAGUUAAAAUCGAAGUCCUGAACAAGGAUAAAACGAUAGAACAUCUCAAAGGAAUAAUUGAGAAAGUUAAAGGAAACACCGUGGUUUCUAACAAAAACACACAAACAGAUGCAGCUCUAACAAAGCAAACGGCCACACAAACACACUCCAGCAAAGAGUCGAGGCAUGUCCAAAUUUCUAAAUCAUUUUCGAAUAAUAUAAAAAGAAAUGAACCACGCAAGCCUAAGUUACUAAUUCUUGCAGACGAACAUGGGCGAAACCUUGUCCAUAUUUUUCGAAACAUCCUGCCACUCAGCCAAAUAACAGUGGAGGCAAUGCUGAGGUCAAGUGCCCAGAUGCAUGACAUAACGAAGGACGCACUAAAUCUAUCAUCUGAUUUCACCAAGUUGGACUAUACAUAUACUCAUACUGGCAGGAUCCAAUGUUGCCCAUAUCAGAGGUUGCAUAUACAAUACAAAAAACGAAAGAAGUGGUCUGAAGAAGAUAUGGCUGCUGCAGUACAAGCGGUUCGAGAAAAAAAGAUGGGGUAUUUGAAGGCAGCGAAGACUUAUAACGUACCGAGAACUACUGUAUUUCGGCUUGCAAAUCAAACAGAACUUUCAAUGCCAGAACUUCUUUCAAAAAAAGAUUGGUCGCAAACCACUCUUUGA